AUGUCUGAUUUCAGGCCUCAUUUGGGCCUAUAUUCCCACUCGGGAUACAAUUCCAUCAAUAUAUCAAACUUUAACUACGCAAAGUACUCAAAAUCGUCGCUUGAUUCUUACCGCCCCACCGUCACCCCGAGGAACUCUUCCUCAAUCCAUGUGGCCACCAACCAGCUUCCCAAACCUUUGAUCCAGGAUGAUUCUAACGAUAUUGGUGAUAAAAGCAGUCUAAGUCUAAAGGACGGCUCAGUGACUUCUUCUAGUGGUUUAUCAAAGAAAUACCAGAAAUACAGAUCCUUGAUCCUAAAGAAAUCAAACACUAAUUUUUUACCCAAAUCGACAAAUUCAACUACCAACAACAACAACACCCAACUGUCCAUAACUUUCACCUCCCUUCCUGAUGAAAUCAUUCAACUUGUAUUCUCUUUUGUAUCUUCAGAAAAAUCAUACUGCAAGACCCCUUACAAUCCCGAUGCAUUUCUUGGUCAAAAUGAACUAUCUUCUUCUCCAUCUAAAAGAUCCUAUAAUGUUUCGUUCAUCUUGUCCCCAGCUGAUACCAACGUCUCUCCUCUUAUUAAUAUUGGCCCGAAUACCCAACUUAAGGUGAAACGCCCUCGGGAAGAUGCAGGGCUGAAGUCUCACGCAAAAUACCUCAAGCAAGUCCUCCGCAAUUUUAAAUUAUCAUCCCGUUACCAAUCGUCUCCAAAAAGAAACACCCUUAAUUUACUUUACCUUAACAAAAGGCUUUACAGACUAGCCCUCCCAUUCGUCUAUCGCAAUAUUAAAUUUCAUUCAUCAUAUCGCUUUGCUCAAUUCAUUAGUUCCAUUAGAAGAAAUAAUAAUCUUGGUUUGCUUCCAGAAACGAUCGAGCUACAUGAUAUAGAUACCUUGUAUUACAUAGUCAUAGAUAUUUCUGAUUCAGACUCAUAUUUGAUCAUAACGGAAGCCGAAAAAAAUCAAAUCGAACAAUUAAUGAAUAACCCAGAGCUUUAUUUCGACGGCACUUUCCCGUCUUCUAUUGACUGGUCAAGAAUUCCCGCUUCAAGAAUAAAUCCGAAUGAGGUUUUGAACUCAAAUUCUAGAAGAUUGCCAAUAUGCAUAAUCAAAGAUGAGCAUUCAAUUGUUACUUCUCAUGGAGAUCGAGCUGACUUUGGGUUUCAUGAAAAGGUGAUCCUUGCCGGUUGGCGAGAGUGGAAAUUCAGAGCAGACCCUCUUUAUCAUACAACCACUCCAACUGUUGAUUGGGCUGCCUCCAGAAUGAACAGAGCCACAAAUAUUUCUUCUGCUUCUAUGGUAACUUCGUCUGCUUCUAAUACUAUCCGCCGUGUCGGUCUGAUGGGAACUGUUAUUACCAGUGAAACGAGGCUGUCACGGCUGUCUUCAGUUUCCUCCGUUUUCUCUAAUUACUCGUCUAGUGGAUCAUCAGAAAGUAGAUCUUCAUUCCAAAUUCGUUCCAAAUUUCGCAAAAUUAUUAGGCGGUUUAGUGGUAGCAAAAGACAAGAAGAUGAAGUGUUGAAAGAAAAUACUAAAGCUAAUAGAUUGCUUGGAUCCCAUACCCGAUCUCACAGCAUGAGUGAUGUUCUUGGAUCUUCCUCAACUUUAUCCAAAUCCAGGCUGAGAUCAAAAUCAGUAACUAUAGGGUUGUCGGGAAAUUCUAAUAGUAGGAUAAUUUCAAGCACAUUGAAAGAAUCUCCAGCCUCUUCAAACGUUUUCAAAACAUUUGCCGGCUGUCAAAGCCCAACUUAUCUUCAUCCGAUGAAAUGCAAACUUUUGACAAAGUACACUACCAAAGACUUACCAAUUGGUGCUAUCUUGCACAUAUUAGUGAUCUGUGGCAAUUUAAAGGUAUUUGACAUGAGUAAAGUCAUGUUGGCCAGUGACUACAUUAUAUCUUAUGAUGCGUUUGAUGACUAUGGAAUUUUGAGAGAUAUUUCAACCAAAGUGCCGAAAAACCGAGCUAUUGUGAAGAAUCUAUCAGCUUCAAAUUCGUCAACAGGCCCUGACAGCUUUGCUAAUGAUCCCCACUACCCCUCUCCAACUACCGAAAGAAUUAGAAGAGCCUCCUUUGACAGUGAUAAAAAUGAUCGUAGAAGAUCAUUCAGUGAGUUUAAUUCCGGAAACUAUAGAAAGGACAAUUUGAGCUCACUUUCUGUUGACAUGGCACCAAUCUGCAAAACCAAAUCAAAUAAUGAUGUCAAAACUUCUCUGUAUGCUACAUCAACCUACAGUAAUUCCGGUAAUUUUCAUUCCGGGGCUGCAGUGAAGAGUUCUCAACCACCUUAUUCUUCCAUUCUUAAAGAAAUUGACCAGGCAUAUGGUGUGAGCAUUUAUUCUCAAUUUAAUAGCGUUGUGAAUGGUCACCGUUUUUCGCCUACAAUUUUAUAUCGUGCUGGCGGAGAAAUUAUUGCGGAAAAUAGUACUUCCACUGGUACUGUUGUCACUACAUCAACCGAUAUCAAUAGAACAGUUAGCUCCUCAAAGUUGCAUAGUGCUGAACUACUAAUGACAGAUGACUUGGAAUAUACCACAAAUUCCGGAUCUGGUUCCUCUUCUUCCAAUACCAACGUUGCUAGCUUGUUGAACACGACGCCUAAGGACACUAGCUUGCCACUUGAUUUCUACAAAGACAGUUUUGGGUAUUCUUCAAAUUGUAACUACAAGCUGAUACAGUCUCGGUUCUAUCGUGAAUUCUGGGGGGUACCGUCAGGGAGCACGAGCAAGCUCACUUAUAAUUCCAGCACCUACAAUAAUACUGGAUCAGGAGCGUUUGGGGAAGAUUUGUCAGUGUCUGGUUUAUAUGUUAAUAAUAAUGCUGAGUAUGUGAAUGAGAACUUUAAUAAAGUUGUUUCAAGCGAUCCAAAGCAUUCCACCAUCAUUGAGAAUUCUGGAACUCAAGUUGGUGACUAUAUGACUGAUGUUACCCAAUCAAGUCGCUCUAAGAGCCCAACUUUUGGAUAUCAUCAAGAAAAAUGUGCCAGUGGGAUUGGGAAUUUAUUGUUAAAGGAAGAGUCUAGGUCUGUAGAAUCAAUGGUUCUGGUAUUGAAUUCUGCACACGCCGGUGCUAAUCACGAGAGGUCAGGAUUGCGCAAAGAAUUACAAUUUUCUGAUGAUAAGUGUUUGGAAAGCAAGGGGAAAGAAUUAAUACGUCCUAAUCCUCGUGGGACCUUUAAAAUUGAUGAGUCUGAUAAAAAAUCUCAUUUGGGUGUUGAUAUUAGAACCUCUAAUACUGGUGCGGUAUCAUUUAGAAGGGCCGACAUUACCGAGGAGUCAGAAGAAGAUGAAGAGUCGGAAUUGCAGAUAUCUUCAACUGGAACAAGUGAUUAUUCAUCCUCUGUGAAUUAUUAUGGCAAAAUUGCCCCAAAGAAGUCUAAAAGGCCACAACUUGUGUCAGAAUUAUCCACAAAACUGCCGACAAUGAAAUAUUUCCACUUCAAACACGAUCCUACUGAGGCAUUGACGUCAUGUCAGAAUGAUACUGCAUUGUACCUUUCAGAUGUUCGCAAAAUUAAUAAUUGGAAUCUCGAACAAUUGGUUAGGGUUCUGAACGAUUCAAUCCUUCAUUCACUAGCACAGCUCAAGAACUUGGAGACAGUGAACUUGGGAUCAAUCAACUGGUUGAGUACCAAGAAUGUUUCUGAGUUUUUGAAGACAUCAGCAGCUAUCAGAUUUGGUAAUUUGAAGCAGGUUGAUUUUAGAAAUAGCGGGAUGAGAAGAGAUUUGGAUUGGGCGAUCAGGGGAUCCGUGAGAGAGUUGAAGAGAAGCCUCAAGGAUAAUACCAAAGGUAACGGAGUGGACGUACUCCGUAUUGGGCGUAAUUACACAAGAUUCUAA